CGCCCCUUACCUGGCUUGACAGACAAAUCAGUAAAGGACUGAUCCUCACUGUGACAGCUGUUGGUUUUAUUAUUGUACUUCAGGCUGUUCUGUGUUGGCACAUUAUAGACAUUUUGUAUUUGGUGUCUUUGAAAAUUUGCAUGAUAACUUAACCGGACUGUCUUGACAAACUGUCGUUAGCUGCUGUCUCCGGUUAACUUAUCAACCGGUAACAUCACAACUGCCAGCUCACGGAACACUGAGCUUGUUAGCCUGCUAGCCCAGCUGUCUCUCUAGUCGAACAACCCUUUGUGUUCACAAGCAAGUUAGCUAGCGGGCGUUGUUUCUUCUCCAAACAUAGGCUUUUGCAGUUCUAUUUUUUUCGUCUGAGAAGAGUUAAGGAAACCAAGAUAGGCGGCUUGGGAACCAAGAUGUCGAACCGAGUGGUGUGCAGAGAAGCAAGUCACGCCGGGAGCUGGUACUCUGCUUCGGGAUCCCAGCUGAAUGCACAACUAGAGGGCUGGCUAUCCCAAGCACAGUCCACGAUUAGACCCGCUAGAGCCAUCAUAGCGCCGCAUGCUGGUUAUACCUACUGUGGUGCAUGUGCUGCACAUGCCUACAAGCAGGUUGAUCCCUCUGUUACUCGUAGGGUGUUCAUCUUGGGACCUUCACACCACGUGCCCCUCUCCCGCUGUGCCCUGUCACCCGCAGGCAUCUAUAGAACACCUCUCUAUGACCUGAGAAUCGACCAGAAGGUUUAUGCUGACCUCUGGAAAACUGGGUUGUUUGAGCGGAUGAGUCUACAGACAGAUGAGGACGAACACAGUAUUGAAAUGCACUUGCCUUACACUGCUAAAGCCAUGGAGAGCCACAAAGACGAGUUUAGCAUUGUCCCUGUGCUUGUGGGCGCCCUGAGUGAAUCUAAAGAACAAGAAUAUGGGAAGCUGCUUAGCAAGUAUCUGGCAGACCCUUCCAACCUUUUCAUCAUCUCAUCUGACUUCUGCCACUGGGGUCAACGGUUCCGCUACACGUACUACGAUGAAUCUCAAGGGGAGAUCUACAGGUCUAUUGAGCAUCUUGAUAAAAUGGGGAUGGGAAUUAUAGAGCAGCUGGAUCCCAUGUCUUUCACCAACUACUUGAAGAAGUAUCGCAACACCAUUUGUGGGCGUCACCCGAUUGGAGUGCUGCUAAAUGCUGUGGCUGAGCUGAGGAAGUCUGGUUUAGAAAUGAACUUCACUUUCCUAAACUACGCCCAGUCAAGUGAGUGCAGGAACUGGCAGGACAGCUCUGUGAGUUACGCUGCUGGGGCACUCGUCAUUCAUUGAGGUUGACUUUUGCAGGGGCCACUGCAGCACCGCUGCCCUCCCCUUACUAUCUAUCGCCAUAACCUGACCCAGACACUCCCGCCCCUCCCACCCCGCCCCAAGUUAUGCCCACUAUUUGCAGGAAGACAGUUGAAGCCAAUAGUCUUUUUUUUUUUUCCUCUCUCUCCCCCUCAGCUUUCCUCCACGUGUCUCCACCCUCCUCUCAGUUUGAAGCGUGUGCUUUGCUUGAAAUGCGGUUUUGAAAUGAUGUAGGAGCAAUCGGUUCGAGGAGGUUUAAUUUGACUCGGAGUAAGCGUUGGGAGGGGGAAAUCUUAUUCGAUUUUUUUUGCAAGGACUGCAGUUGUCCUCUUAUUCCCUUAUUGUUUUCCUGAUAAAUGAUGGAUUUGAGUUGUAAUAAUGCAGUCUUUACAUUUGGACUUAUGUAAUUUGCCUCAGAAAAGGAAUGAAAAUAAAACUUCAGAUCUUAAUGGAUAUUACUGAAAUGUUGCCAGAUGAAAAUGCAAUGAGUGCGUUUGCUGACUGCUGUAAGCUACAUGCAACUUAAAUUUUGAAAACCGUGUCCCAGGUAAUUACUACAAUUGCUCAACAUAAAGUACAGUAUGUUGUCAUUGUUAACAAAGGGCUGCCCCCAACAAAGUUCAUUAACUCUGUACAAAGCCAAAAACCUGAUUACCUUAUUAGUUUAUUAAAUAUUAUCCUUUACUCAUGUUAUUCCUUUUAUUUUUCCCCUAGUUUUAUUAGACGUGUUUGUAUUUACUCACAUAGUGUGUUAGAUUUGAACAAAAGCAGUGUUGUCAGUUUAGCUCUAAAGCCCACAACAUGGUUUGCCUGUUAAAUUAGUGUGUGUGACACUCCUCCCAGGAUCCAGCUAUAUGCAUGUUGCAUUAUAGAUUUGUUUUACCAGAGCCACACUGCAGAUGUGGGUGCUACAGAAACAUACUCAAAGCUGGAUAUUGUGUAUUGAUUUCAAAUACUGACAUCUCUAGUGUUUGUUUACACUGCCACCUUGAAUCUUUGUAGUCGAUGAAUUGUCAGUAUAGAAGACUCGAACAAAGUUUUUUGUUUUUGUUGUUGUUUUGCUGGACUUAGAAAAUGUAUUUUGUUACACAUUCAGUUUUAUUAGAUCAGCAAAAGUUUUGUUAUGGGCUCAACCAAGUAGUGCAGCGGUAAAGCCCUAGAUGAUCUGCUUAAACUUGUAGGAACUGUUACUGUAUCUGUUCACUAGGUAGUAGUUUACCUCUCUUUUAAAUACUGUUUUGAUUUAAGAAUGCCAAAAGUGACUGGGAAGUCUUUAUCCUUAUUUCAAGGUUUGUUUCCCAGUUUCACUAGUUCUCUCAGUAUAGGAGAAUUUACUCCUAAAGCAGUAGGAGUAUCACUUAGGCAGUUAGCUAUAACAAGUAAUAGAUGGCUUGAGCUUUAAGAUCAGUCUCAAUGCUUUGCUAUAUGGUUUAGGAAUCUACCCAGAAACGUCACUGCUGCUCCCUGCAUACUAAACCUGAAUGCAUAUUGAUGAGUCACAGGGCGGUAUAGGCUUUCAUCGACAAUAUGAUAUAGGCCGCACUCACCUUCUUUUCUGUUGUUAGAGAUCUGAACAUCACUCAUUACUGACUGACUUUUGCUGCUGAAGGCAUUUAUUCCCAUUGAAACGAUGCAGUCCUCUAACAUAGGUCCCUCUCUCACCACCAUAAGAGGCAUUGCACGUUCAGCUACAAUAUCUGGUGAACCAAGUGGACACAGACUAAAAGAAGAAUCCCCAGGCUCACUUGACCUCCGAUGUUAAUUUGAUUUAAGGGAAACUAGUAAAGCAUGACACACUGUGCUAUUGUGCCUUUUAUCACUGUUGCACAUAAAGCAUAUCCUUACUUUUAGUCUUAUUUUAGAAUGUGUGUUUUCAGUCUUUGGUUUUUCCACAUGGACCCUCCCCCUCGCCUAGUGCUCAACAAUGUCUCCAGCUCCCCCAGUACUCCACGAGUGUUGUGACCUGUUCCCCAUGUGUUGGUCUCAAUGGCACCAACUGUUAUCUCCUCUCUCCAGCAGGGAGUGGUGUUCUGUUUUCUUCACCUCACCUCACCUCACCUCAGUCCUAUAGAGACAAAGGCUGAACCUCAACACUGUUCAUUUUCUGUUUAUUGAACUUUGUUUACCUUUUAGAAAAUGGUUUUUGUAUUUUUUUAAUUUCUUGCUUAGAAAAUGGGAUCUUACAUGACACAAAACUAAAAUAUACUACUUAACUACUCCCUAAAUGGAGUUUUUUUGAUCUCAGGUUCCACUGACAAAGCAUCCCAACAGGCUCUUCAGAUAGGGCUGAGGAUUCAUGUUACAAAAC